GCAAAUGUCCUGGUUCUGUCACCAUCCUUGCAUGUGCAACCCAAACCAAAGAGCCAGCCUCUUAAAAACGAUUAUUCAUCUGAGAGCAUGUUCACACACACAUACACUAACCUUAUGCAAACACUAUGAAAAACAGUGCGCACGAAUCCGUGUUCCCAACUAACAGAAACCACACAAAACCCUCAAACACAAAGGAUUUUUUUUGCCAUUUGUCAGUCUGUAAUGUAUUCAGCCGACGUAGAGGGCAGUAAAAUGUACUUAUUUUGGGUUUGAGCAUGAACACCAGGCUGCUUUUCAAGAGCUCUGUGUUUGAGGUAGCAUCGGUGAGACCGUGGUCCCUGCAAAUGCCAACUUCAGAGAGAGAGAGAGGGAGCAAACGAGAGAGCGAGAGAGUGUGAAAAACUGCAGCAAAGAUCAGAUAGCAGACAAGGGUGAGAGAGAGAAAAAAGGAGAGAGUGAGCAGUGUUUUAAACGUUCAAAGAGAGAAUCAUUGGCGAGGUGUCGCACUGAAACAUUAGGGAAUCACUGGACAUGCCAGACCCUCAGGGAUGACCAAGGAAGAUUACUGGAACGUCGGAUCAACGCUAGGGAACGUUAACGGAACAUUCUGAGGCUGUUAGCUUAUAAUCUGCAGCCUUUAGAUAAGAACCUCCUUCGAAUACAUGCGUACAUGUGUGCGAGUUUCCAUCUGUGUAUGUGACGCUAAAGAUGAGGACCUCGCUGGACAGUCAGGAUCCCUUUUUUUCUUUAAAACGGUGAUUUUUCCUGAAGAGGAACUGUGAGGAACUCAGUGGAAUCAUGCUUUAGCUCAACUUCAGAUCUCUUUCUUGUAUAUUUCCAUGCACACAAAGGGAAGAAAAAAGGCAACGCAAACUGAUCCAGAGCUGCUUUGCUACUCUCGCUCACUUACGGACUGGUUCUGGUUGGGCAGAGUGGCAUGAGUGUGGGCAAGCCCCACCGCUACAACACCGUGUCAUCGUCGGAGGAGGACGUGUACCAGCACGGCAACAUGCCCGCCCUCGGCAAUGGCUUUGGUAAUGGCAAGAUCCAGACGCGCCGGAAGGUGCGGAGCCGCUUCGUAAACAAGACAGGCCAGUGCAACGUCAGUUUCGCUCACAUGGACGAGCAAUCUCAGCGCUACCUCGCCGACAUCUUCACCACCUGUGUGGACAUCCGUUGGCGCUGGAUGUUUGUCCUUUUCUCUCUUGCAUUUGUCCUGUCCUGGCUUGCGUUUGGUUUCGCCUUCUGGCUUAUUGCUCUUAUCCACGGUGACUUAGACCGGCCCAUUAAAGAUGACUUCACACCAUGUGUUAUGCAGGUCAACAGCUUUGUUGCAGCAUUUCUGUUCUCAGUUGAGACGCAAACAACAAUCGGCUACGGAUUCCGCUGCGUAACCGAGGAGUGUCCCUUAGCGGUGUUCAUGGUCGUCUUCCAGUCCAUCGUGGGUUGCAUCAUUGACUCUUUCAUGAUCGGUGCCAUCAUGGCCAAAAUGGCGCGACCUAAGAAACGGGCAGAAACGAUACUGUUCUCACACAAUGCUGUCAUCGCAAUGCGCGAUGGGAAGCUGUGCCUCAUGUGGCGGGUUGGGAACUUGAGGAAAAGUCACAUCGUAGAGGCUCAUGUGCGGGCGCAGCUUAUUAAGCCCCGAAUCACAGAAGAGGGCGAGUACAUACCUCUCGAUCAGAUCGACAUCAAUGUGGGUUACGACCAAGGUCUCGACCGCAUCUUCUUGGUUGCUCCUCUCACCAUCCUCCACGAGAUAAACGAGGAGAGUCCUCUGUAUGGAAUCAGCAAGCAGGACCUGGAGACAUCCGAUUUUGAGAUUGUGGUCAUACUGGAAGGGAUGGUCGAGGCGACUGCGAUGACUGCUCAGGUGCGCAGCUCCUACCUGGCCAGCGAGAUCUUAUGGGGCCAUCGUUUUGAGCCCGUGGUGUUUGAGGAACGCAGCCAGUAUAAGGUGGACUAUUCGCACUUUCAUAAGACCUACGAGGUUCCCUCCACGCCACGUUGCAGUGCCAAAGACAUGGAGGAGAACAAGUCCUUGGAGUCCGCUGCCAACUUCUGCUAUGAGAACGAGUUAGCCUUCAUUAGUAGGGAUGAAGAGGAGCAAGAAGAGGACAGGGGUGAGAGGGGGACUGAGCUAGAGACCCUUUCAGCCAAUCUGAACUUCGAUCAGAGGUCAUAUCACAAAGAAUCCGAAAUAUGACCCUUGAUUGUCACCUUAAAGACUUUGCUUUAUUGUAGAUUCAGCCUAUUCUUCUAGUGUCGGUUGUAACGGUUAGCUACAGAGCAAUGCAAGUGCCAUAUGAAACCUUGACCCACUGUCCUAGAGCCAUGCUGUAGUUUGGGGCAGGUCAGGAAAAGAAAGUGCUUUUUGUAGUUGUUGGAAAAGCGAGGCCUUCCUGUAGGAAAACUUGAAAUCUGAUUAUAUGUUUCAUACUGUAGUUUGAAGUGAUAGCUUUAAGUAGUAUCAUUAUGCAAUACUAAGCUAGCCUGGGUGCCAUAUUGACUAAAUCUCUCUCUUGUUAACAGAAUUUGCACAAAAUAGGUUGUCAACCACUAGUGUGUUCGCUUUGAUAUAGAGUAGAACAUGAUACACUUGUUUUGAUGUGAUUUACAGCAAUAAAGUGACUUGAAGACAUUUAUCCAUCAUGCUCUCCAUAUUCAACUGAUACUUUUCCCUUUACGUCAGAGCAAACACUGCAAUGUCUGGUAGUUUUAUUUUUACCGUGUAAUGAGGUACUACUUUAGAGGUGUGUGAAAGAUAAUUAACACCUACACAGACGCUGAUUUACUGCUAACUGACAAUGAGCAAAAUGGUUCCCAGGCUAGCAAAUAGCAAAGACACAAAGCUAUUUAUUCAGUAUUAGAAAGCGAGUAGAAAAUAUAUACUGUGUGAGUGGAUGAAUGAAAGAUAAGGUAUGAUGGGAUACAGUUAAACUUUUUUUUUUUUCAUAACAAACCACCAUUCAACAUUCAUGCUCAGGCCAGACACCCUUGAAUAAAACCACUUGUAUACUUACAAAUGACAGCCAGAGGAAAAACAACAGUUUCAUGUUGCUUCAGUGCCAUAUUAAACCCAUAAGUUAUGGAUUUCUACGUGUUGUAGCCAAAUUUUGAAGCUUUAAAACAAGAUAUUUACAACAUUACAUGUUUUGCUAAAGCAACAGUUACAUUGUGCUAGUGUGUGUGUGUUUUAUGAGGUAUGAACUUCAGUUUGACCUUUCUUUAUUGGUGUUUCUUUCCUCAGUAUCAAAACAGCUGCCCACUUGCGAAUGUGAAAGGAAAUGAUCAAUACUAAAAGCUAUUUCUAUGGUAGAUGUUAAAGAAUGAAAAGUCAGUAUUGGAUUAAGGGCACACUGCAAAAAACUUUUUUUUUUUUUGAAUCAGUAUUUUCACCUUGUAAAGAAAAGCAAUAUAAUUUGUCUUGACAAGUAAAUUCACUAAAUUUGAAACGUUGAGCAUAAUACUACAAAUCCAUUUAAUUAUGCAAGUAGUUUUUUUUAACCUAAGAGCUUUCAGAAAUUAAUUUCAACAAGCAACUAACAACAGACCAACACCAACCACCCACCUCUGGUAUCUUACACGAUAAUUAGUGAUCUUGACAAUCUCGCUCCUUUUCACAAUUAGAGCAAAGUGAAUGGAAGAGGUGAGAACGAAAGCCAGAGACAAAGGAGGAACAAAGGAGAGAGCGUUCUCCCACUCACCUCAUCCAUCACUUUGCUCUGUGGGGGCAAAUAAGUGUGCCUGAUUAAAUAAAGAAGGCAUUAUAUAAGAUAAUUUAAAUAAAUUAAACGUUUCAUCAAGGUAGAUUAUAGCCAAAGUCAUCCUCUUUCGCAGAGAAGAGAGGAAAAAAAGAUGAUCCUCUCGACAUCAUCCUCUCCAAAAAUACAGUACCACACUAAACUACGUCAUGAAACCAUCAUAUAACCCACAGUCGCACAGUUUAUUGUUUUUAAAAGUCCGUCUGGUUAUGAAAGGAAAAUGGAGUCAUUAUUCACACUAUUUUAUGCAGCCGCAUGGCUGUUUUCAGGUCACGUCCUCAUAUCCUCUUCAGCUGGGUUUCUGAGGGUGAAAGUGAGUCAGCUCACGGUGAUUUCAGCUCUUCAGAAAAGGCGGCAAGAUAGAUAUAAAACAGUGAGGUACUUUAUAGCAAAUGAGCUUAGCCCUGCAGGAAAAACCAGGUCAUACCAGUUUAAGGUGCUCAAGCUGAUUUUUGGAUUAUGCUAGCUGUUUUUUUUUGCUGGUCUAGAGAGGUAUCUAACCAGCUUGACAACAUGUUAUAACCAAGACCAGCAGGUUUUCCAGAUGCAUGGUCAACCAAGCAGCUUUUGAGUGAGUUAAAAACCACUAAUGAUCAGCUUGGACCAGAUACCAUAUAAACCCACCUACGACAAGAUCUGGAUUUUCCAGCAGAGAGGGGAAAAAGUGGUGAUACUGAUAAAGACAACACAGAAAUUCAAAAUCUGAAACGCAAUACAAAUCUUCUUCUCAGCAAUAGGAUCCAGAAGUGUACCUUACUCAAUCAGAACUACCGGCACGAUUUACAUUCUAAUAUUGAACAGAACUAAGUAAUAAACCCGAGCACAGAUGCGUAACUUUGUGCAGAUGUAUGUUAGAUUUGAGGUUAUUUGCAGCAAUGAGUUCCAGGUAAAUAGGUGCAAUGUAUAACCAUAAAGCAUCAAAUCUCACCUCAAGCUGAAUGAAGUAACUGAAUUGCAUAAUUUAAACACGGAGAGAGAGAAUCAGGAAACUAAUUCAACACUGGCAUGGCAUGAGGAUACAGCUAAGGAAAAAAAAACUGAUCCAUCAACAGUAAAACACAUUUAGAUGAAUCAUUUUCUGUCAGAAGCUGUGUAAUCUAGCAUGAAGCAAAUGUCAUUGUAAUGUGAGGGAGUGAAGUGCGAGUAUUCAAUGAUUAAUAUCUCCACACUCUUAAUACUCAACUGUAUUUAAGUACAAAAAUGACUAAAAAAGAAAGUAGAGUGAAAUCUAAUUUGAGCAAUAGGUGAAGCUCAUGACUUUACAAUUAUAAAAUAUUCAAAUGCUGUUUUAUAACAAAUCUUGCUAUUGAGCUAUGGGUAUCCUGCUGUCUGUCAUCGGAAGAGAAUCGUAAUACAUAACCAUGGUGACAAAUGUAACCACGGAAACAGUCUAUCUAUAAUUACUGGACGUAUAGGCCCAUCUAUAGACUUGUUUCUCUGGCGUUCCACUGUUGCACCACCAUGCACCUUAAAAUUACACCAUUUAUUAAUUAAAUCUCAUUAAUUAACAAUAAAUGCAAUUGAAUAAUAAUGUAAAUUCAAAAUUCAGACUUAAAAAUUCCAUUCAAUAUAAAGCAAAUGCCAAUUGACGAUCAACAUUUGAUCUUUAAACAACAUGAGAAUUAUGAAUUGCAAUCUUAAAGACUAAGAAUUAAUGAAGUGAACAUCCAGUAUAGGCUGCAUACUCUGUUCCAAUGGCCAGUAGGAGGGAGAGGAAGUCCACACGCCCCAGUAUCAUCGGUCAACGUCUGUGCUUUGUGUUCCACCCCAGGGAACGUCUCUAAUUGCGUCUCUCUUUUAGUACAUUAUAACUAUGGGAACCAGAAGCAUGUGUGCCCUAUACGUUCAAGCCUAAAAGCUUUGAGAAUAUUUGUCACAUACAAAGGUCAAAGAGAUCAUGUACAUUUGCCUUCUGAGAAGGCUGGUAAUUAAUGCCAAAUAUAACACAAAACCAGGAGGGGAACAUGGAACCACGGAUUCAGCAUUUACACGUCUACUCGAGCACUCCUUACAUAAUCCAUGAAAAUGGCAACAAUGUAGGGAUUUCGAAUCUAGUUCUGAGUAGUCACGGUUUGACAUUAUUGUUUUAAAACUACUUCAUGUGAACAUUAAGUUUUGAUAGAGCCCAAGACUUUUGGAAAGAUAAAACGAUCAACAUGCACAUCACAGAAAAACAGCACACUAUGACGCAGACAAGAUUUCUUCUCAGCAAUAGAAUCCAGAAAUGCACCUUAAUCAAUCCCAAGCGCAAAAUCGGGGGAUUUACAUUCUAAAAUUAAACAGGAAAAGUAUUAAACCCGAGUAGUCACGUCACUUUGUGUAGCUGGAUGAAAGAGAGUGUGAAACCAUGAGGAUAUAUACACCACUGAGUUCCAGGAAAACAGGUGCAUUUUACAACCAUUGAUCUGUAUCAAAUCUCACCUUCAACUGCAUG